AACAACCUUCUCGAGCGCAGUCCUGUUAUUGUUUGGUUCCCUCUCACUCUCAGUAGCGGCGUGGGACGAGUUUUCUAAAACGACGGUGGGUGGUGCCGUCACCAUUCCCACAAUGUCUGCCUUCCUGCCCAGUGACGUAACGUUUCAGACGAACGCCAGCCAACUGGUGCUGACCGGCAUCACAGAAUGCGUCUGCAGUCACGCCUGUCUAGCGCGUGUCACGUGCCAGGCGGCUGCUUACAGCGCCGAGCGGGGCGAGUGUCGGCUCUCACACCACCGAAUGAUGCCCAACAACACGGAGACGACCACACAGGCCUGGACGGAGGGCCACAAGCCGGGCGCCUCGCCGCUUACCGCUACCUCAGUGACAACCACCACGGCGCAGACCACGAGCUGUCUCACUACAGCCGACUGUCAGUGGCUGCACGGACCCUCCCGCUGCCACCUCUCCGAGUGCCAGUGUCUGGACGACUUCGUCCUCAGCCAGGCCGGCUGUCUGCUGGACCCCCAGCUCGGCCACUUCAGCGACAAGUUCAGCGGGACGCUGCGCGCCCAGCCCGCCCUCGCCAGCGCCUCCGCCGGUUCUGACGCCGAUUGUGUUGCAUCCUGUCAAACACAGACGCCCAACUGCAUCGCUUUCCGAUUCGUCAACAAGACGUGCACGCUGCACGCGGCGGAUGCUAUCCAGGGAUCGUCACUUAUCUUCGUCCAACAGACAAGUAGCUCGACGUCCACCGAGCCCAACGUCACCCAGAAGGUGUUUCAGUUCAACCGCGCCAGCGGCGACCCGCAGCAGCUGAUGUCCGAUCAGCAGUGGGUGGAGACCUCGCCGGGUACGUGGCUCACCCUCCUCUCCGACGCCAUCCGAAACAGCAGCGCCAGCUACGAGCGCUGCCGCCAGCUGGACGCCGUUCUGUACGCGCCGCGCUCCCUGGACAACCUGCAAGGCGUGCUUCAGCAGCUGGACGUGCUGAACAGCAAGCUGCCGCGCGCCGAGCUGCCGACUCACGGUGAGGGUGUCGUAACCCAGACCUGGUCUGGCAUCCUGCUCGGCAUCAUCAAGUCGGCGACAUCCGACACCGACUUCCUGACCACGCAGAACGAGCCGUUCGCGUACGAUGGCGCCGAGUGGGACAUCACCGCGCUGCCGCUGGGCCGGCGCGCGUUCGUGAAGGUCGGCCAGCAGCUCCACUUUCAGCUGACAAGCGAGCGGUCUCUGCUGGGAGCCAUCUGUCAGUACCUCGGCCAGGACAUCAGCCGCGACCGGGUCUGGCACGCGGCCGUCACAGACAGCCACCAGGUACUGUCGGUCGACCUCGGGGCCACCUACCAGAUCCGCACGGUGCGCUACACGGCGCUGAGCAAGCCCGACGCGCCGGUACCCGUUUCCGUGUGGGUGAAGACGCCCGCCGGCGACUACGCGCUCUGCGCCAGGGCGGCCAUCACGAGCUUCACGCCGCCGCAGGUGGACACGGCGCUGGCCUGUGAGCCGGCCGUGUACGGGCGCACCGUGCGCGUGGUGGUCUCGCUGCCGAGCGGCGCCGCCGACAAGGAGGCCAUCGCCCAGUGGCCGGCCGUGUUCGGAAACCAGAUCAGCCGCGAGUGAGGCCCGUGGCCGCCGAGAGCGGAGGGUCGAGGAGAGGACAGGGCACCGGACGGCUCAAACACCGAGAGAACCAGGGUCCAGCGCCCAAUUGGACGUUUUAUCUUUGGCACUGUACUACACCGAGUGACACGCUAGCUCAUGAUGCAAACCAUAACACACGCGUGUAUUUCUGCAAUGAAAGUUAUGACUGAUAUGCCUACCCGCUUCAAUAGCACCUGAAAGAAGUUCCCAUGUAUUGCAGCUUAACUGCAGUUAGACCCGCAAAAAAGCACUAUCACACUGAACCGUAGAAGCAGGUAGGUAGAUCAAAUGUCCACCAGUGCUGUAAACACAAUGGAUCAUGACAGAAGUUUGACAGCUCUCAGCGGCAGUGGAUAGCGCGAUCAUUUGCGGCUAAAGUUUGACGGCCGCGUCCUAGUUUCCUUUUCGUGCAGCCGAUUGUCGCGUUUGGAACGUCAGCCAACUGACAGAGCCGCAUGUCCAAAGGCUUGGCAGAAAACAGCUCACGGCGACGACAAAUACGACGCACCGGGACAAUGAAGUUUGGAGUGGUAUCGAGUUCGACAACAUUCAGGAGUGACAGCAAUUGUCCGAUAUGCGCCACUACUCACUGAUGUGAAAGCCUGAUCUGAUUCACUUCGAUCAUUAUGGCGCUCCUGUUAUAAUUGUAAACUUUUGGCUGGCGUGAUAUACCGACAAAUUUAAGCAGCCAUUUUGAAAUCACGAAUGCUAAGACCCAAGGAAGUUGAGCUAUGGGCGAAUAAACACUGCGAUUUACUCUGCAUUAGUAAGUACGAAGGUGAACUUCAGAUAUCCACCGUAAGCAAAUCACCAAUUCGUACAGUAAGGACAAUAUCGUACAGUUCAUGCAGCAAGUAACUAGGAAGCGA